AUGGCGUUGGCUUCCAAAAACAAACUCUCUUUUAUAGAUGGUUCAAUCAUAGUCCCAGCAAAAACAGACCCAAUGCACUCAACUUGGGAGAGAUGCAACACUAUGGUGUUAUCUUGGAUUACUAAAUUACUUUCACCUUCAAUUGCUCAGAGUGUUUUGUGGAUAGACAUCGCUGCUGAUGUUUGGAAUGAUUUGCAAGAUCGUUUUUCUCAAGCCUGUAAUUGUGGUGCAAUUUUGACUUUUAAGAGCUAUAUGCAAGCAGAUUACGUAGUUAGGUUUUUGAAGGGACUCAAUGAGAAUUUUUCAAAUGUCAAAACUCAGAUCAUUUUAAUUGAACCCUUGCCUUCAAUUAACAAGGUUUUCUCCUUAGUAAUACAACAAGAAUGGCAGAUCGCAGGGUCUGUGGAGCCCAAAGUUCUUGUUAAUCGAGUAAUGAGAAAUUAUAACAACCUUGGGAACACAAAAUCUGAGUUUCCAAAGGAACAGGCAGAGGACAAUACAAUUCCUUUAGAGGAAGAGUUUUUCAUAGCAAUACUAGUGUUAAAAGUUUGUUCUUAUUGUGGAAGGGAAAGGCACGCCAUUGAAACUUGUUAUAGAAAGCAUGGCUUUCCACCAGGAUUUAAGUUUAAGAAUCCUAAUUUUUCUAUUGCAAGUGCCAAUGCUGUUUCUGUAGAAAAGGUUGAAAAAUCAAAUAACUUUGGUUUGCAGCCCUCUUUUCAUACGCAAAACUAUCAUGAAGCUAUGCUUUUCACCCCUGAGCAACACCAGAAACUCCUAUCUUUGAUUCAAGAUCAAUCUAUGUCUAACAGCUCCGACCACUGCAAAUGA